GAGAUAAAAGAUAAGGGUUGACGUGUGUAAAGCGUUGUAUUUUAGUUUGCAUUUCGGGUUUGACAAAAUGGUGUCAAUAAACAUGGUACCAGUUUUAACUGUUCUGCUAUGUGUUUUAGCUUGUUCAUCUGGAUCAAAAGAAAGAAGAAGAAGAGGAAUUUGCAUUGACACAUGGUCAAAUAUUCCGAAUCCAUGCCUAAGUAAUCCAAACAAUACCAUUUACUUUCCUCAUCCUGGUGACAUAAGGAAGUUCAUACAAUGUGACAUGCUUGGGAGAAUGUACAUCAUACAGUGUCCAUCCGGCGAAAAAUACGACUUCAAAGCCUCUUGUAAGGCUGAAAAUGGUGCCAGACAACCUAUAGUGACCAGAAUACAAGCUAUCAACACUGCACCUGAUGCUAUCACCCAUACUACUCCACCGACACAUAUCAACACACGAAUUCAAAAUCCUUGUACAAACGCUAACAUGGCCAAAGGACUGAUGUAUUUUCCAUAUCCUGAAGACCCUCACAAAUUCAUCCAGUGUGAACAGUCUGGGAAUGCUCUAGUGGAUUCCUGUAAUGGUACUUUGGUAUGGAACCAACAAAGAUUAGCUUGCGUUUAUAACCUACAACCCGGAGUAGGACAAAGCACCACGACAACAUCAUUAAUCACAAGUGGGACUACCAGUAGUAAUUCACUACACACGAAUCCAUGUCCUUUGAAUGCUGUUAGCACUGACCAGCUAUUCCAUCCACAUCCUAACCCACACAAAUUUUAUCAGUGCGAUGUUUGGGGUGAUGUCUAUGAAAAUGAUUGUCCCAAAGAUCUGAUAUGGAAUGAUGCCGUGAAGACGUGCUCGGCACCUUUUGUUGUUGGUUAAUUAAGUUUUAGAAACAUAAUUAAACUCUCAUUCAUAAUUUCA